AUGAAUAUGGGUUAUUUUAGUGAUUUUUAAAUUAUUUUAUAUUUAGUUUAUAAAUUUAAAUAAUGAAAAAAAAUUUUAAUUUAAUAUUGAAGCGGUCGUCGGAAAAAGCGAUUGAUCAGAUAAUGGCGAAGUUAAAAAUUCUCAAACAAAAUAUUAACGGGUCGAUAAAUACUGAAGGUAAUUCAAGUAAAGAUUCAGAGCAAGACAUUAAAUUAAAAAUAUCUUCAAAAAAUAUUUCUGUAAUCAGUCAACAGUUGGAAGAGUUCAUAAAUUACCUUUUAAAAAAUACUAAUUAUCUUAAUUAUAUAAAUUAUUAUCCUGCAUCAUUGGAAAGUAAAUUUGUAAAUAGUGUCCAAGAACUUGAGUGCAUGUUAAAAGAGCUACAAAGCGUGAGAAUAAAUAUAAAGAAGCAAAAGAUGCAGCAGAAGUUGAUUGAUAAGGAAAAAAAAACCGUGGGAAUUAUCUUAGAAAAAUUAAAAGACGCUGAAAUUCGUGAAAUGGAGACAAUUGUCUCUACUUUUGAUCCUGUCAUGUUCACGCGAUGGGAGUCCAUCAAGUCGACGCGUAAAUUAGAAACUUUGGAGGGAUUUUUAUCAGACAUUAAGAGUAAACAAUUGGCGCUAGAAAAAUUAAAUACUUUGGUGACGAGAAAGUUGACGAAUCUAAAAAAUGUUUCAAAUAAAAAUAAAAAUUCACUGAUAGCGCUACAGUUUCCUGCUUUAGAGCUGCCGGAGAACACAAUACCGCCCCCGCCCCCGCUACCACUCCCACUCCCACCUCCAUUGGAACUGGUGCCUUAUUCUGCACCUUCUCAGAUACCCACGCGCCAACGUCAACGUAUUGAAGAUUUACGCAGAUACCAACUCUUUCGCGUGUAGGGAUCAGCGUCAAGCAAGUAAAGUUCAAACGAAUGAAUUGUAAAAAAAAAUACCUACUUCAUCGGUAAUAAUCCAGGGUAACUUUGGAAGAAAACUAAGAACGGCGUCAGAAAAUCUGCUGUGCGGUACAUCAUGUUCCAAUAAAAGUACUUCGUUUUCAGUUUCCUUAUCACCGACGACACCCAGGGCACGUACAAAAUGUCCCAACGGAUAACGCGAAUUUCUCGGCCAAGAGUCAAUGGCGACAAUUAUUCGCUGACUGCACAAAGUCUCGGAUUGACGAGUCUCGAUUCUCACUUUUGGAAUCUUUUUCUCCGCUGGCACGAAAAGAUGCUUCACAUUCUGCGUUAAAUAAAAUUUAAGUUUGUUAAAAAAAUCCAUACCCAAUAUGCUAAAAUUAAAAAAAUAUCAGUGUUUGUUUCAGUCGCGAAAUCAAUAACAAUACUGAUAUUAUUAUUAAUUAUUAUUAUCUUACUCCUUUGACAGCACUUGGCUGUAAUAUCCCACAAUAUUGUCGCCAUUUUCGUCUGAUGAUGCCAACUAUUUUACCUGUUGGCGUCCGCUCAACUUUUUUCGUCGGCUCAACAAUUAAUUCUUUUUCUUCUUCUAAAGUAUCACCUGGAUCUUCUUCAUCGACUUCGUCUUGUAAAAUUAAUUCACUUGGCACCGACCAUUCUUCCUCUGGUAAUAAUUCAAUGGCUACAAUGUCACCAUCGAUUGCUCGAUUUAAACCGACCCUCCCUUGUACGAAUAUCUGCAAAAAUAAUUUAUAAGUUAACAAAUAAUAAUAAAAUUACUAAAUAAAUAAAUACGUAAAUAAAACGUACGAAUUUUUCCAUUCCUUCGACAUUGACACUUCCUUCCAAAAAAUUUUCACGUGAAGCUAAAAAUGUUCCCUGAAGUAAUUUACCAUUUUUAAUUCCAUCGUGCAACUGACCAGGGGUUAAGUGAGAAGGAAACAAGGGUUCACCUCUACCACCAUCAACAACAUAAUUUUUUUUGCACAGUUUAUCUGCCAGGAACCCGCAAUUUUCUACUGAACAAAUGUACUCUUCCACUGAAAAUAAAUUUUAAAAAUUAUUUUACGAACACUAGCAAUUUUUUAAAAAUAAUUACUCGUGAACGCGAGGAUCCCGUCAUCCUGGGCCUUGGUCCGGUUGUCAUUGUCGUCAGUGAGCAGAACAAUGUUUAUAUUUAUAUUUUUCGAGGCCGCCAGGUGACUUUUGUACCAUUGACAGGCCACCCUGAUGGCCCUGUCAUUGCGGUCGUUUAUUUUUUCUCCAGGUACUCGCUC